AUGUUCCUCCUGCGUACGCUUAGAGAACUUAAGCUGCUCAAAUACUUCCAGCAGCAAAAUGUCUCUGAGAAUAUAAUUUCUGUUUUAGACAUGAUAAAGCCAAAGGAUUAUCCAAAUUUCAAAGAAGUCUACCUCAUUCAAGAACUGAUGGAAACGGAUUUACAUAGAGUAAUCAGAACUCAGGACUUGAGCGACGAUCACGCUCAGUAUUUUGUUUAUCAAACCUGUAGAGCUCUCAAGGCUAUGCACAGCGCUGAUGUUAUCCACAGAGACCUCAAACCAUCGAACCUGCUUCUCAACGCAAAUUGCGAUCUCAAGGUCUGUGACUUUGGUUUGGCUAGGUCGACACAAACGGCUGAGCCUGGCUGUGAGACGGGUUUCAUGACGGAGUAUGUCGCUACGAGAUGGUACAGAGCUCCUGAAAUUAUGCUUACUUUCAAGCAAUAUACCUCCGCUAUUGACAUUUGGAGCGUAGGUUGCAUCCUCGCCGAAAUGCUCUCUGGUAGACCAUUAUUCCCUGGUAGAGACUAUCAUCACCAGUUGACACUGAUUUUGGAUGUCCUUGGUACACCAACGCUCGAUGAAUUCUAUGCAAUCAGCUCUAGACGCUCCAGAGAUUAUAUCAGAGCUUUGCCUUUUAGAAAGAAGAGAUCAUUCAGCCAACUUUUCCCAGACGCCAGCCCAGAAGCUGUUGACUUUUUAGCAAAGACUCUUACUUUCAGCCCCAAAUCUAGAAUGUCUGUUGAGGAAUGCCUCUCACAUCCUUAUUUAUCUGCAUAUCAUGACCCAGAGGACGAACCAUCGGCACCACCACUAGAUGCAUCUUUCUUCGAAUUUGAUCAUCGCAAAGACGUUAUUUCAAAGGAAGAGUUAAAACAACUAUUAUUCGAAGAAAUAAUGACGUUCAAGCCUAUUUGCUGA